UGAACCUUUUGUUAGUUCUCUGGCAUCGACACACUUUGAUCUGCACCAGCAUAAGAUGUCCUCAGACAGUGUCGUGUCAAAACAGGAUGGCGUUGCCAAAUCCUGUAAAGCAGACACAAGAAGGAGGAAAUCACCGGACAGCAAAAGCAUUCUUCUACAAAGUUUAAAUGAAAAAUCUGAUCGACAAAAGGAGAUGCGCAACUUCCUGUCCCUCCCGAUUCACGAAAAGACGACCUAUAGCACCCGAAUGAUGGCAGAGCAGAGGAAAGCGCUUUUGAAGCAGCUAAAGGAGGAAGAAAGUGUGAAUAUGCUAAAGAAAGCCAGGAGUAAGCCAACCCUCCCGAUGCAAACACCUGCAAGGCAUGAGCUGAAGUUGGCCUUGUUGAAACAAACACACAUUGUGAGAGAAUGUAAACAUGACUUCAUCGCCAUGGAGCGUCAGAAGGCCGUGUUAGAGGCCAUCAUCUCUAACAAUCAGUCCUCCCUUCACCGCUUUCAGAUAUCGCUGAUGACAAAGAGGUCAGAGAUAUGUAAAAUGGAAAAGGCCAUCGCAAAAGAGCAGAGGCAGCUAAGGGAGCUGGAGAAGCUCAUUGAGAAGGACAAUCAAAGCUUUGAACAGUUCCUGAGAGACAAUGAGAAGAAGUCUAUGGAGGCCCGAACAUUCUUUGAACAAGAAGCCAAGUCCAAGGAGGAGAAAAACACUGAGAUUAAGAAGUUGACUUCUGAAAUAUCAAAGUUAAGAAGUGAACUUUCCAACUAUGAAGAAACUCUACAAGAGUACAAGAGAUACAAGGAACUUCUUUUGAAGUUGUCUCCACCAGACUGGCAGGCGGCCCAGAGGGCGAAGGUUAUGAAGAAAAUACAACUGAUGGGCAACACUGAGGAUGAGCUGAACAAGGAACCAAUGGACUCAAUGACAGUCAAGCAAAGUGUGGAAAAUAACAGAGGCAGUGCCAGGCUGUCACCUGCAGAGAGCACCAGUGUCUCAAUGCGGCUUGACCCGGAUGCUGACGGUUCAGAAAACGGGGAAGAUCCAGAGUUGUACUUCACUGACCCAAAACAGCUUAUUGAGCUGAUGACGGAGCUAACAGAGCAGAAUCUGUCUUUGAUCAAGAACUCUACAAGAGCUGAGGAAACACUAGAAGAGCUUAAACAGUCGAUGGAGGCCAUCAGGAAGACGACUGAAAAGGAUGAGGCACUCCUAACGCAGCAAAUGAAUGAGAUGAAUAAGAAGAUCGAGGAGGAGAAAGCGAGAGCCGCAAAGCUUAAACAGAAGGUUCAGCUGCAUGUUCUGUUGAACACAGAGGAUGAGCAGGAUGACAUGCUGAGUGCGCUCAGCGAGAAGGUGGCAGAGGUGUAUAGGUGCUGUGUGGACAACAGGGGGAGCAGCCACAGCACCUUGGAGAGACUGGCCAGCAUUGAGAAGCAGAUGUCUUCACUGCUGCAUUGCCUGGAUGACAUACCAACAGAAAGCUUGGAAAUGAUGCAGAAGAUCAAGGACAGUGAGAGAAGGACCAGGUAUGACAUGACAUUCUCAUUAGAGGUGGUCUCCCUUUUAGCAUCAUUUACUAGUCCUACAGUACACAAAAAAAGAGAAACUGCAUUUUUUAUGCAACGUGAAGAAAAGCUGAGGAUGCAAAGAGAGAAACAGAUGGAAAGGAUGAAGAGAUACUUAGAGCGGUCGCUCUCUGAGGCCAAGAAAACUAGUGGACGUAAACUAAUGCCUAGAUGCCUCCCGACUGCCCAGAAGGUGAAAGUUAAAAAAGUGGAAAGCGCUUCUGCUGACGACGACUUCAAUAACUACUUCUCCACAUCAUUGGACAUACUAUAG